AUGGAUAGUGAUUCAGAUACAGAGGAGAUAAAUGAAGAAUGUAUACAACAAGCUAUAACUGAAGAAAUGGAAAUUGAUGAGCUAGUCAUUAUCGUUACAAGAACAUCAGUAUAUUACCAUAAUAACUUUUUGGUUAAGGAGCCAUGUAGAAAUUCACCUCACACUGGUUGGAAAUUUAUGAUGGAAAUACUUAAUGGAAAUGAUCGACGUUGUCAUGAGAUGUUUCGAAUGGAAAAACAUAUUUUUUGUAAACUAUGUGAUAGAUUGAGAAGUUAUGGGUUAAAGUCCAGUAAAGGGUUGAGACUAGAAGAGUCGGUUGAUAUGUUUAUGAUGAUUUUAGGACAUGGAGCAGGUAAUAGAAUGAUUCAAGAGCAUUUUCAACAUUCAGGUGAAACUGUUAGUAGACAAUUUACAAAUGUAUUGGAAAAAAUGAGUAUGCUUGCUUUGGAUGAAAUCAAACCACCUGAAAAUUUUGACGAAGUCUCGUAUUAUAUACGAAAUAAUUCAAGAUAUUGGCCCUACUUUAAGGAUUGUAUUGGAGCUAUAGAUGGAACACAUGUUCGAGUUUCACUUCCCGAUGGGAAGGAAGAGCACAUGAUACUCGUAUAUUUCUUGAAGCAUUAA